AUGGCUAUUCAGAAAGUGCUACUCUUUCUUUUUUUGCAUAUACAUCUUCAUGUUGUCUAUAUCCUAUCACAGCUUCCUCAUUUGCGAUACAGUUCAUGUCAUGGCACUGCUAACUAUACUGAAAAUAGUGCAUACAAGAAAAAUCUCGUCUCACUCCUCUCUUCACUUUCCGCAAAAAUUGAUAACUAUGGUUUCUACUAUGCUUCCAAAGGCCAAAACAACGACAAGGUCAGUGGUAUUUUGCUGUGUAGAGGAGAUGUAGAGCUAGAAGAAUGUCGCUAUUGUGUCAAUAACGUUGCUCAAGCAUUUGUAAAGGAAUGUCCUGUCGAAAAAGAAGCUGUUGGUGGCUAUGAUGCAUGUUGGUUGCAGUACUCGAAUAAUCAAUCCAUUAUAGAAAGUACAAUUUCUAGCAGACUAUUUUACUUCUGGACACCAGGGAAUGCCUCAAAACCAAAGGAAUUUAACCAGGAUCUGAGUAUAUUACUGGAAAAUUUACGAGCCCGUGCUGCAGAUGGUGGUCCCUUUCGAAAAUAUGCUAGUGGUAAUGCGACAGGUCCAGAUUUUCAGCCUAUAUAUGCACUUGUGCAGUGUACUCCUGAUUUAUCUCCUCAGAAUUGCUUCAAUUGCUUAACUGACGCUUAUGGAAACAUGACUAUCUGUCCCUGCCUGGGCAAGAGGGGUGGCAGAAUCAUUGGGCCUAGGUGCAAUUUCCGUUAUGAAACUUACUCAUUCUUUCAUGUGGUAUCAGAAUCUCUGCCACCUGCAAGAAAUGAUGAUAAAACGGCUCCAAUGGGGAAUGAUGAUAAAAUAGCUCCAGGAGAUGAUAAAAAAGCUCGACUCGUCAUUAUUAUCAUUGUGCCAACUGUUAUAGUUGCUAUUCUUACUGUAUGUAUUUCUGUCAUCCUAAUGAAGAAGCGAAAGAGGAAGCUGGUGGACAAAAUUCAAGGUACACUCGGGGAUGAUAUUAGUGAUGUAGAAUCCUUGCAGUACGAUUUUUCUACAAUUAGAGCAGCAACAGACAACUUCUCAAAUGCCAAUAAAUUGGGACAGGGCGGAUUUGGUCCUGUGUAUAAGGGUAAGCUUCAAAAUGAACAAGAGGUAGCAGUGAAAAGGUUGUCAGCAGACUCAGGCCAAGGUGAUCUAGAGUUCAAAAACGAGGUCUUGUUGGUGGCCAGGCUUCAACACAGGAGUUUGGUCAGGUUGCUGGGAUUUUGCCUAGAUGGAACAGAGAGACUUCUUGUCUAUGAAUUUGUUCCCAAUGCAAGCCUUGACCAAUUUUUAUUUGAUCAAGUUAAACGUAGCCAACUGGAUUGGGAAAGGCGAUCCAAAACCAUAGGAGGCAUAGCUAGGAGAAUUGUUUACCUUCAUGAGGAUUCUAGACUUCGCAUCAUUCAUCGAGAUCUCAAAGCUAGUAAUGUUCUACUUGAUACAGAGAUGAAUCCUAAAAUUGCAGACUUUGGCAUGGCAAGACUAUUUACGUUGGAUGAAACUCAAGGCAACACAAACAGAAUUGUUGGGACCUAUGGGUAUAUGGCACCAGAGUAUGCAAUGCAGGGGCAAUUUUCAGUGAAAUCAGAUGUUUAUAGCUUUGGAGUACUAGUCCUGGAAAUUAUAAGCGGCCAACGAAACAUUUGUUCCAGAAAAGGAGAUUCUAUGGAAGACCUUCUGAGCGUUGCUUGGUCUAACUGGCGCGAAGAAACAAUUUCAAAUUUGAUAGACCCUAUGCUGAGGGGAAGCUCAGGACCUAUUGGUGACAUAUUGAGAUGCAUCCAUAUUGCUUUAUUAUGCGUUCAAGAAAAUGUUGCUAAUAGACCAACCAUGGGUGCAGUACUUCUCAUGCUCAGUAGUCACACUCUGAGUCUUCCAGUUCCACACAACGAUGUAAACCCACAGAUUUUACACUUUGGAGAUGGCAAUUCAAGAAUUUCCGACUCAAGCAAACUAACGGAAGGUAAAUCAAUAUGUUCAUCAGGAAAUCAGGACUUGAUAACUGAGCUACAUCCUCGAUAACAUCCUUACAGAUAGAGCUAAAAAGUCUAUAUAAAAUGGAUUUAUUGGUCGGGUGUAAACAUGAAUGCAAAUAAGUUUUUACCUAGUCAUUUUAUGAAUUUUAUUAUUUAUUUUGCUAUUUGUUCGAACCCACCCAAUUAGUUAGGAACUAUUGUGAUUGAUUUAUCAAUGAUUUUAUAUUUGAUUUUGGAAUAAUUUGCUCCAUAAGUAUUAUUGAACUUGUAAAAGUGGUGUAAUUUAUCAAUUGGUUAUGGAAA